CCUUCAGGGAAGAAGCAAUUAUUAAUAACUCUCUAUAUUUGAUUACGGAAAGUUUCGCUAUACAUCGGUUGCCUCGCAGGUAAAAAUUUCAAGGGGAUAUACCGAUUAGAGAUAGACCAUAAUUGUUGAUCUUGAAAAUGCUUGAAUUAAAUGUUGACGAUGAUCAUCUACCCCGAGUUGCUGAUUUUUAUCACGGCAAGACUGUCUUCAUUACAGGAGCCACUGGAUUUGUUGGAUCCGUUAUUUUAGAACUUUUGUUAAGGUGCUGCCCUGGAAUUGAAGCCAUUUACAUAUUAAUAAGACCAAGGAAAGAUAAGAAACCAGAUGACAGGAAAGAGCAAAUUUUCAAUAAAAAGAUAUUCGACAGACUCAAAGAAGAGAAUAAAGAGCUGCUGAACAAAGUUCAUGUGAUAUCUGGAGAUAUUAAGCAGCCUAAUUUAGGAAUGAGUAAAGAAGAUAUACAGCUUCUAAUUGAAAAGACAUCCGUUGUAUUUCACUGUGCGGCAAAUAUACAAUUAACUAAUCCUCUGAAUAUUAUGCUUACACUCAUUUUUUUGAGUUUGAAUAGCAUAAUCGAAUUAUGCAGAAAAAUGAAGAAAUUAGAAGCUUUAGUUUACACAUCUACAGCGUACAGUAACUGCAAUCGUCCCACCAACCUUAUAAAAGAAGAAAUUUAUAGAAUGCCUUUUCCAGCAGAGAAAUUUCUUAUUGCCUUAAAAAAUAAUGAUAAUGAAAAGCUCCAAGAAAUGGCCGCUUUUUGUAAACCAGACUGGCCGAAUACAUAUACCUUCAGCAAGUCUAUGGCUGAAAAUUUAAUAGCAGACACUGCAUCAGAUUUACCUGUCGCCAUAAUACGCCCGUCUAUCGUCAUGAGCACAUUGAAAAAUCCAGUGCCUGGAUAUUUAGAAGGACAUUCUGGAAUUGCAGCUCUUUCUUUUUGGUGUGGCAAAGGCGUCAUUAAAGUUUUGCAUGGAGACAAAAAUAGCAAAAUGAAUUUGGUUCCAGUAGAUAUCGUUGCCAAUGCUCAUAUCUUAGUAGCUUGCUAUAUUGGAACAAAAAGAUGUGCAUCUCCUCCAGUAUUUAAUUGCACAGCCAGUGAAAAGCUUCAUAUUAAGAUCGGGGAAUAUAUUGAAAUUUUAAAUAAUAUGUUUCUCGAAUUUCCCCUUCCACAAGCAUUUUCUGAGUAUGUCGGAUGCAGCAUACAUUCCAACAAAUAUCUUUACUAUAUAGCUAGAAUGUACCAUCACCAACUUCCUGCAUUUGUUUUAGAUGUGAUUCUUAAAAUUUCAGGAAAAAAACCUAAGUUAUGCUCUUUGUACUCUUUUUUCGAUUUAGUGGUGGAGCCAUUGCACUAUUUCAUGUCAGCAACAUUUAACUUUGAGAGAAAUAACGUUCAAGCUCUUGACAAAUUGAUUCAUCCUGAAGACAGAAAAGAUUUGUCUUUGGAUUUUGAAGAUGUAACUUUUCAAGACAUGGCAUCUAAACUUCCUCAAUCAACUCUAUAUUUUGAUUGGAAACUUGAUAAAAAAUCUCCAUCGGAACGGCAAAGAAUCAAGUAUCGACGCCAUAUGAUGAUUACUAGCAUUCGAUGGACAUUCGUGAUAUUUCUCUUCAUAUUUAUCAGUUGGAUAUUUUACAUGGUUUUCUAUUAGUUUAAUGAGUUUGGUUUGAGAUGUUGUUAUUACUUUGUAAACAUAUUAUUACAAUAAUGAAAGAUUAUUAAUCGAUGUAGUGUUGA